AUGGGAGUUUCAUUGACACAUGAAGCAGCUAAGACCUUUAAGUUGGUCAAUAAGCAAAUGACGGAGGCUCCUGUCAUGCGUCUUCCCGACUUUUCCAAAGUCUUUGAGGUCGAAUGUGAUGCCUCCGGGGUAGGUAUAGGCGGAGUCUUGAGUCAGGAUCAUCACCGUGUUGCCUACUUCAGUGAGAAGUUAAAUGAGACCAAACAACGGUACUCAACUUAUGAUAAGGAACUGUAUGCGGCCUAUUCAUUUGUUUUGAAACACAACAAGGGCAUGGAGAACCAAGCAGCUGAUGUAUUAAGUCGUCGUGUCUCCCUUUUGUCGAUCAUGAGUAUCAAGGUCAUCGGUUUUGAAAGGUUUAAGAAGGAUUACGAGGCAUGUCUCGAUUUUAAAGAUAUCUUUCUUGAUUUGCAAAGGGGACAAUCAGGCACCACAUAUAGCUUUCGACUUGAGGAGGGUUAUCUCUUUAGAGUCAAUAAAUUGUGCCUCCCUCGAACUUCAGUGCGCAAUUUCAUAGUGUGGAAAGUUCAUGCGGGAGGUUUAGCUGGUCACUUUGGGCGUGAUAAGACCAUAGAGGAGGUUGAACGCAAUUCUAUUGGCCUAGUUUGA